GAAGAUCCAAGACUGAAAAUUUCUGCUCAUCCAAGGAGAAAGGCUUCCCUAGAUCCAGUAGACCUGGGCCCAUUACCACCAGGGUGGGAAGAGAGAACUCACACAGAUGGAAGAAUAUUCUUCAUCAACCACAAUACAAAGAAAACACAAUGGGAGGAUCCUCGACUGCAGAAUGUGGCAAUAACUGGACCAGCUGUGCCUUAUUCCAGGGACUAUAAGCGGAAAUAUGAGUUCUUCAGAAAGAAACUGAAGAAACAGAGUGAUAUUCCAAACAGAUUUGAAAUGAAAAUUCAUCGCACAACAAUCCUUGAAGAUUCUUAUAGAAGAAUCAUAGCUGUAAAGAGAGCAGAUUUCCUUAAAGCAAGACUUUGGAUUGAAUUUGAUGGUGAAAAAGGUUUAGACUAUGGAGGAGUGGCCAGGGAAUGGUUCUUCCUCCUCUCUAAAGAAAUGUUUAAUCCUUAUUACGGAUUGUUCGAAUAUUCAGCUACGGAUAACUAUACUCUGCAGAUCAAUCCAAACUCUGGACUUUGCAAUGAAGAUCAUCUCUCUUACUUCAAGUUUAUAGGUCGUGUAGCUGGAAUGGCUGUUUACCAUGGCAAACUUCUGGAUGCCUUUUUUAUUCGUCCUUUUUACAAGAUGAUGCUCCAAAAACCAAUAACACUUCAUGAUAUGGAGUCCGUGGAUAGUGAAUAUUACAAUUCUCUGAGAUGGAUUCUUGAAAAUGAUCCAACAGAACUGGACCUCAGAUUUAUAGUUGAUGAAGAACUUUUUGGUCAGACCCAUCAACAUGAACUGAAAAGUGGUGGAUCAGAAAUAAUUGUAACCAACAAGAACAAGAGAGACUACAUUCAUCUUGUAAUUCAGUGGAGAUUUGUGAGCAGAGUACAAAAACAAAUGGCAGCCUUUAAAGAGGGCUUUUUUGAAUUAAUACCACAGGAUCUGAUUAAAAUUUUUGAUGAAAAUGAGCUAGAGUUAUUGAUGUGUGGACUAGGAGAUGUGGAUGUGGCUGAUUGGAAACUACACACAAAAUACAAAAAUGGCUACAACAUAAACCAUCAAGUAAUACAGUGGUUCUGGAAGGCAGUCUUAAUGAUGGACUCUGAAAAGAGAAUAAGAUUACUUCAGUUUGUUACUGGCACAUCCCGUGUACCUAUGAAUGGGUUUGCUGAGCUGUAUGGUUCAAACGGACCACAGUUGUUCACAGUUGAACAGUGGGGUACCCCUGAAAAACUGCCAAGAGCUCAUACCUGCUUUAAUCGCUUGGAUUUGCCUCCAUAUGACUCGUUUGAAGAUUUAUGGGAUAAACUUCUUCUGGCAAUUGAAAAUACUCAGGGUUUUGAUGGGGUUGAUUGA